AUGGAGAGACUACAGCGGCUGAUGAUGAACGGGAAGGUUGGAGCCGUCGAUGCGGAGAAGGACGACACGAAGGAGACCGUUUGGAUCUCGUCGAUUGCUCUACUGAAGAUGCUGAAGCACGGGCGUGCCGGUGUGCCGAUGGAAGUCAUGGGACUGAUGCUGGGUGAGUUCAUAGAUGAGUACACGAUCCAGGUAGUGGAUGUGUUUGCCAUGCCGCAGUCCGGGACCGGUGUCUCUGUCGAGGCUGUGGACGAUGUGUUCCAAGCGAAGAUGAUGGAUAUGUUGAAGCAGACAGGCAGGGACCAGAUGGUUGUUGGGUGGUACCAUUCGCAUCCUGGGUUCGGUUGCUGGCUGUCUUCCGUGGAUGUGAACACUCAGAAGUCCUUUGAGCAGCUGAACAGCAGGGCCGUCGCUGUUGUGGUGGACCCAAUUCAGUCCGUGAAGGGUAAAGUUGUCAUCGACGCCUUCAGACUGAUCGACACUACAGCUUUGAUCAACAACCAGGAACCCAGACAGACCACGUCGAACGCCGGUCUGAUGAACAAGGCGAACAUCCAAGCUCUGAUUCAUGGGCUCAAUAGGCACUAUUACUCCCUAAAUAUAGACUACAUGCAGACGCCGGCGGAGGUUAAAAUGCUGAUGAACGUGCACAAGGAGCAAUGGCAGUCCGGGUUGAAGAUGUACGACUACGAGGCGAAGGAGGAGAAGAACCUUGCCGCGACGAGGAGAAUGGUGGAGAUAGCAGAGCAGUACUCGAAGAGAAUAGAGGAGGAGAAAGAGCUGACGGAGGAUCAACUCAAGACCCGGUACGUCGGGAGACAGGAUCCCAAGAAGCACUUGGCGGAGACCGCGGAGACCGCGCUGGAUGAUAACAUUGUCUCGAUAUUGACCUCCAGUGUCAACGCAGUCGCAAUUAAAUGA